AUGCAGCCUUUACAUAGCUGCCAGCAUGUCAGGCCGUUUAAACAAAGAAAGAGUUUUGCAACCAGAGUGGAAGAAGUUGCAGGCAUUCGAGGGAAAUUUCCAACAAAAGUUCCAGUAAUUGUUGAAAGAUAUCAGAAAGAAAAAUAUCUUCCUCUGCUAGACAAAACAAAGUUUCUUGUACCUCAAGAGCUGACCAUGACGCAGUUUAUAACCAUCAUUAGAAGCAGAAUGGCACUGAGUGCUACUCAAGCCUUCUACCUGCUGGUAAACAACAAGAGUUUAGCCAGUAUGUCUCUCACCCUGGCCGAAGUAUACCGGGAUUACAAAGAUGAAGAUGGCUUUGUAUACAUGACUUAUGCUUCCCAGGAGAUGUUUGGAGGCUUCUUAUCCAUUGUCAAAGCACAAUAUAAGGAAUGUCUCCUAAAAACAUAA